GAAAUAAUUAAUUAAAUCAACCUUGAUUGACGUCAAUAGUAUUGAUCCAUCAACGCCGAUUCGACAAAUUCUGACUAGAUAUUUGAGAAAAGAAUUCGCAUGGCGUUUCUGAAAGUAUUAUUAAAUGUUGGCUUAAUAUUCACUGCUGCGGCUCUUUCUAUUGACGAAGAUUUAGAGAAUGAUUUGAGCACAGUCAAUUACCGUUUACCAGAUAACGUAGUGCCAGUGCACUACAACAUCGGACUUAUACCAUACAUUGAAAAAGAUAAUUUUACCUUUAAUGGUAAAUCGCAUAUCAUCAUUGAGAUUCGUCGUGCAUCGCAGAAUAUAAGUUUACACGCACUAGAUUUAAUUAUAAAUGAAACAGCAACAUCAUUGAUUAGCAAUGAUACCGAUAUCUACGCACCGACAACGCAUAAUUACGACAACAAAACAGAAAUCUUAACUCUUUAUUUCAAUGAUAAAUUAUCCCCUGGAAUUUAUAGUCUAUAUAUACAAUUCAUCGGUAUUCUAAAUGACGAAUUGCAUGGUUUCUUCAGAACAUCGUAUACCAAUGAGAAAGGAGAAAAAGUUAGCUGAUGUAUCCGUUAUUGAAAACGUGUCAUAUUGAAAUGUGAUAGGUGGUUGGCCGCAUCACAUUUCGAGGC